AUGGAGAGCGCUGUGGUGCAAGUCACCCUCUUUGGGCUGCUGCUGGUUUUGGCUAGCACACUACCAAACAAGGACGACUGGAACAUCUACAGCUUUCACAUCAACUCCACAGUGACCAGUCGUUAUGCAACCACGGUCAUCACAAGCCGCGUGGCCAAUCGCAUGGACGACUCAAAGGAAAUAGAGUUCCAGGUCCGGAUUCCCAAAAACGCCUUCAUCAGUAAAUUCAGAAUGUUUAUAGAUGGCCAAGUGUACGAUGGUGUUGUGAAAGGUAAAGAGAAAGCUCAGCAGCAGUACACUGAGGCUGUGUCCCUUGGCCAAAGCGCUGGGCUUGUCAGUUCUGUAGGGAGGACCCUCGAAGAAUUUAAGACCUCUGUGACUGUGGCUGCCCACAAAAAGGUCACCUUUGAACUCACAUAUGAGGAGCUGCUGAAACGCAAGCUUGGCAAGUACGAGCUGCAAAUCCACGCUCGACCCAUGCAGCCUGUCAAAGACUUCAAGGUCGAUGUGUACAUUAAUGAGAAAGCUGGCAUCAAUUUCAUCGAGGUUAAAGGAGGACUAAGCACCAAAGCCCUGGCUAAUGCCAUCACCAGAACACAUGCAGACAAACAGGCGUGGGUGUAUUUCUACCCAACAGAGGACCAACAGAAAACAUGUGAUGGCUGUGGAGAGCAGGGUAUGAAUGGAGAUCUGGUUAUUGUUUAUGACGUCAACAGGGACACCUCACUUGGAGACAUCAAGACAUCAGCUGGAUACUUUGUUCAUCACUUUGCUCCAUCUAGUCUUUCCCGCAUACCAAAAAAUGUUGUCUUCGUUAUUGAUCAAAGUGGCUCAAUGAGGGGCAGAAAAAUGCAACAGACCCGAAUAGCAUUAAUCCACAUCUUGAACGACCUGGCAGAGGAUGACCACUUUGGUCUUAUCACUUUUGAUAGCAACAUUUUUCACUGGAAACAAGAACUUGUUCAGGCCAACAAGAAGAACCUGGAGAGUGCUAAGACAUUUGCACAGAAUAUUAUUGAGAGAGGAGCCACAAACAUUAACGCAGCAGUGUUGGAAGGAGCACGUAUGCUGAAUGCACAUCCCAGAGAAGGUUCAGCGUCUAUCGUCAUACUUCUCACCGAUGGAGACCCAACCUCAGGGGAGACAAAUCUGGAACGAAUACAAUCAAAUGUCAGAAGGGAUAUUGCAGACAAGUUCCCACUCUACUGUCUUGGUUUUGGUUAUGAUGUCAAUUUUGAGUUCCUUGAGAAGAUGUCGCUGCAGAACAAUGGUGUGGCACGACGGAUUUACGAAGACUCUGACGCUGAUUUACAGCUGAAGGGUUUCUAUGAAGAGGUGGCCACUCCUCUGUUGACAGAUGUGACAAUGAUCUAUAAUGGAGGGACCAAUCUAACCCAGACUAACUUCAGCCAGUAUUAUAAUGGCUCUGAGAUUGUGGUGGCCGGUCAGAUCACUGACAACGACAUUGAAACCUUCACUCCACAAGUUGUAGCCAUUUCGAGGGAUAGAAGAGUGACAUUUUCUAACACAAACGCCACCGUGGAGUACACUGGGACAGAUUUUGACAACCACAUCCAGAGGGUUUGGGCCUACCUCACAGUCAAACAGCUUCUGGAGAAAGAGCUGCUGUUUUCUGGACCUGAGAAGGAGAAUGUGAAGAAAGAGGCCUUGGAGUUGUCGCUGAAGUACAGCUUUGUAACCCCACUUACAUCCAUGGUGGUCACCAAGCCUCUGGGGGAGAACACAGAUGUGCUCCAUAAACCUAAGGAAGGUGGAACAACACAAGCACGGUCAUCUCCUGUAGGGCAUCGACCGUCUUUGACACAAAAUACUAUGAAGAUGGGUGUUAUGGGAUACAGCGGUUCCUUUACUCCACAAACGUUUUUUCCAGCACCAGGUGGUUGGCCUAUGCCAAUGGACAUAGCACGACAACAUAUACCAGCGAGGCGUCGUUCUCAAGGUGUUAGUACUGGUGGUCUCUCCGGAAGUAUGGGACUAAGGCCAAACAUGCAAGCAAGUGAUCAUUCUAUAGCUGUUGCAGGACUAAGGCCAAACAUACAAGGAAGUGAUCAUUCUAUAGCUGUUGCAGGUAUGAGUUACCCCAGAAAAGGUGACGCCGGGUACAAGGCAACACGAGCUGCCGUGUCCCAGUGA